GUUGAAGGGGGGGCAGUGACAAAAGUUCUGCCUGGGAGGUGCAGCUCUUAGUGAGUCUGAGUAACCGGGGAAGAAGCAGCUGAACCAAAGCUGGAGGGUGUUUAACAUCGUCCUAUAGGAGGAGAAAAGGAAAUACUUCUCCAAAAUGUCUACACACAACAAGGCCAAAGUUUUCUUCAUUUCUUUGAGUAUGGCCACUUUUGUGGUUAUGGUGGUGAUGAAUGGUGCAGCAGGUUCUGGAGCCUUCAAAGGUAUAUUCCAGAGAACCGUUGGAAACAUCUCCAACAAGUACAAUACUGACUUGACCCCAGCUGGCUGGACCUUCCUCAUUUGGAAUGUCAUCUAUUUGUGGCAGUUAGCUUGGCUUGGCUACGCUCUCUCUGGAAUCUGCAGAAGAAAUGAACUUGGAUGGUUCUACAUGAAACCAAAUGUCUUGCCAACUCCGUUUUACUUGGUGUGGAUCCUGAAUAACGCCUUGAAUGUUGGGUGGCUGUUUCUGUGGGACAAAGAAUUCCUCAGCCCUGCUCUGCUUGUCCUCACAGGGCUCACCAGUUCCAAUUGCGUGAUUCUCUUCUUGGCUUGUCAAGGACUCCAUUCCCAUAGAACGUGGCUUCAGAAUCACCGCAGGACGGACCUGUGGCUCCUCCGCAUUCUGGUGCAGAAUGGGAUUGCACUUUAUGCUACAUGGACCACAGUGGCAACACUAUUGAACUUUGCAGUUGUGUUGAUAUACACUGUGGGAAUGGCCGACCAAACUUCCACUACUGUUGUGUUGUCUGUUCUUCUUGUGCUGCUGGUGCUCUGGUUUUACCUGGAAAACUUCCUUCUGGAUAAAUACGUACAUUACAUCCUCACUGUGUACCCGGUAGUCAUGGUUGCAUUGUUUGGAAAUAUUGCUCAGCACUAUAAUACAUCUGCUCCAAGCACAAACAACAUCUUUGCAGUUGUCCUGAUGGUUGCGGCAAGUGUGAUGUUUUUGGUUCGUCUUGGCCUAGUUACCUGCAGGCAUCGCUACACGUCGCUACCCACUUCCCGGGCCAGUAAGGAUAGGAAAGAACCUCAAAGAUGCUGAAGAUGAUCUCAGGAAAAGGGGCUGCAGGUCUCAGGAGGCGGAGUCAGAACACUUUGCUGUGAAGUCAUUCUGAUUAUGGGCAAGAGACUGAGGAUCAGGGCUUUGCUUAAAGCCCUGCAGCAAGUGAAUAUGCAUGAAUGAAAUUUAUUCAGUAUUUACUAAGUGCUAACUAUUACAGGGAGCAUUGGGGGUACUGAGACCUUGUCCUUGUCUUCAAAGGGCUUUUUAGGGGAAACCAAAGCAUACUAAAGACUAGUAGCUAGGGAAGAAUGUUUUAGUCUGGGAAGUCACAGGAUACUUUUUUUAAGGGCAAUGAGGGUUAAGUGACUUGCCCAGGGUCACACAGCUAGUAAGUGUCAAGUGUCUGAGGCCAGAUUUGA